UCCCAUUAAGUGCGAAGAUGUUAUACAUGCUGGAAGAAGAAGAAGAGUCGAAGAGAUUCAAGACUCGCAGUGCAUCGUUUGCUUCUUAGUGGGCGGAUGAUAGUCUCGAAAAGCCUGAUGUAAUGUUACAACAUGUGGUUUGCCCUGCGCGCAUCGUAUUUAGUAGCAGUGGUUUUAUGCAAUAUUCACAAUAGUUUAGAAGAUGAAGAUACCAAGAGGAGUUUCCUUGCUCGAAGAGCCAUUGAUGGGAGCAGAGGAAGGAAAUACUAUGAUGCUAAGGAUGAUGGUUUCUUCGAGGAUUAUGGUUUCGACAGAGGUCAUUAUAAUGCUCGAGAUAGAUCCGCCUCGUCGGACAUUAGAAGUAGCGUCCCAGGCGAGCCGGGAGUAGAUUAUCCAGCAUAUGAGAGACUACCUCAGACAAGUUUUACUUGUGAAGGACGUGACCGAGGUUACUAUGCCGAUGAUGAGGCGGGUUGUCAAUUGUUCCACGUCUGUGACGACAUUCUUGUGUCCUCAUUCCUAUGUCCAGUUGGAUCACUUUUCAGCCAAAAGCUCCAGACCUGCGACUGGUGGAACAAAGUCGAUUGUUCAACAACAAGAAAAUUCUACACAAUCAAUCGCAAUCACUACGAUCAGGACGAUGGCGAUGAAAUGAUACGAAAAGCCUACGUGAUGAUACACCUUCAUCCAGACGAGGGACUCAUCACUGAACCCGAGGAACGUGCCCGACAGACAAAAAUUAUUACCCACUAUCCAAGUGUUGAUACACCGGAAAAUGAUCUACCCACCAAUUAUGAUGACCCAUCUGAAAAUUCAGAAUCGUCCAAUUCAUUUGACGAUUAUUCUAAUCAAUUCAAGAGCAAAUCAAAUAAUGAUAAUGAUGAUGAUCAUAUUCUCUAUUCACAGGAAUAUCAAACCCAUUCACCAAAGAUUUAUCCAGAUUCGCGACUAUUGAACAGAAAUUAUAAAGUUAAUAACAAUAACAACUAUAAUAAAAAUAAUAAUAACAAAUAUGAUAAAAAUAUUGAUAACUAUGAUAAAAAUAAUGAUAACUAUGAUAAAAAUAAUAAUAACAACUAUAAUAAAUAUAAUAUUAACAACAAUUAUAAUAGUAAUGAUGAUAAGAAUAAUAAUCAGCAGAAUGAGAAUCAUCCAUCAGGGUUCAGGAAUCGUCAUCCAGAAAAGGCGAAUUCCUAUCGAUUGAACGAAUUUGUCAGCGAAUUUCAACCAGUUUAUGCACCAACUGUUCCAACUGUUACCACCACAAGUAGACGAUUUUAUUCCCCCACUGUGCCAAUGAGUUACAGAUCAUCGACCCUUGCCUACGACAAAUUCGAUCAGAAUUUGGACAGUUCGGUUCAUCUCUACGAGCAUGGGAAGAAUUAUCCUUCGACGACUCCGGCAAGUGUGUUUCGUUACAGUGCGAAAAAUUCGACUCGUGGUUUUCUCAAAUAUCGAGGAUCUUCUCCAGAAGCUAAACGAGAGGAAGAAGCUAAACGAGUCGAAGAAGUUAAACGAGUAGAAGAAGAAAAUACCAGAUUUCACUAUUUCAGGAAUGAAGAAUACGAUGGAAGGUUCGACGAGGAAGAUAAUUACGAAAUUAUGGAAGGUGGGGAAAGUAUUGGACUGGUGAGAUCAUCAUCCGAGCGAUUGGAGGAGGAAACAACGACUCAAUCAUCGCUUAAUGUUAGUGGAGCGACAAAAGUUGUUGAAAAAAAUUCUUCGACGAAAACAAAUCAUUCGAAACAAUCGAAUGACGAAUUUCGGGAUUCAAAGGAUGCUGCGAAUAGGAGUAGAGCUGAUGCUAGUGCAUCUGAUUCCAGUGCUGGGAAUGUUCCAUCAAAUUUAUCUGAUGUUCCAUCAAAUCCAUCUAAUGUUCCGUUAAAUCCAUCUAAUGAUGAUCUUGCUGGAAAAGUUGAUUAUUCAGAAGCGGCUGAUCGUUCAGAAAUUGUUGAUCAUGAAGGGACGGUUGAUUAUUCAGAAGCAGCUGAUCAUGAAGGAAAAGUUGAUUAUCCAGAGGCGGUUAAUCAUGAAGGAAAAGUUGAUUAUUCAGAAGCUGAUCAAACAGAAAAAAUUGAUUAUUCAGAAGCAGUUGAUCUUGUAGGAAAAGUCGAUUAUCCAGAAAAUGUUGAUCAUGCGGAAAAAGUUGAUUAUUCAGAAACAGUUGAUCAUUUAGAAACAGUUGAUCAUUCAGAAAAGGAAGAAAGAAAGAACAUCCAAGAACACGAGAAUCAUUCAGAAGAGCAAGAUUACUCAAAGAAGCAACCAGAUUAUUCAAAGGAGCAUCAAGAUUCUUCUAAAAAUCAUCAAGAUUCUCCUAAAAAUCAUCAAAAUUAUUCAAAUCAUAAAGAUUAUUCGAAGGAUCAUCAAGAUUAUUCAAAGCAGCAUCAAGAAACUUCCAAAAAUCAUCAAGAUUACUCAAAGGAGGAUCAAGAGGUGCAUCAAGAUUCUCCCAAAAAUCAUCAAAACUAUUCAAAUUCUCAAGAUUAUCCAAAGGAGCAUCAAGGGGAACAUCAAGAUUCUCCCAAAAAUCAUCAAAAUUACCCAAAUCCUCAAGAUUAUCCAAAGGAAGAUCAAGGGGACCAUCAAGAUCUUCCCAAAAAUCAUCAAAAUUACCCAAAUCCUCAAGAUUAUCAAAAGGAGGAUCAAGGGGACCAUCAAGAUCUUCCCAAAAACCAUAAAAACUACCCAAAUUCUCAAGAUUACUCAAAUUCUCCAGAUUAUUCGAAGAAAUAUUCAGAGACUCAAAGAAAUGAUCCAAAGGAUCCUAAUUUCUUAAAGGAGAACCAAGAUCAAGAAAGUUCAUCAACUCUGUCACCAAUUUCCGACCCGAUUAUUAAUUCUGAUGCUCCGCUUCAGGGUAGAAUAAUUCCCGAAUUGUCUCCAGUGUUACAACCACCUCGCCUGCCGUUUCGAUCAUUCCGUUCGAAAUCUGAACGAAAACUUUUUUCAGCGACGAGGAAUCCUCCACCACUUCCCUAUCAGCAUCAUUCAAACAGUCGUGAAACAAGCUCUACCGAAAAUUCCCCCCAAGACAACUCUGGAAACACAUCAUCGGAAAAUUAUUUUAACACUCAAUCAGAAAAUUUACAAUUAUCGAAAAAUUACGAUAACGAAAAAUUAGAAAAUUCCGAAACGAAAAUCCCAAAUAAAUCAGAAAUUCAAGAAGAAAAUUUAGGGGUCCAUUCGUCAUGGGAUAAUCAACAAAAAGGAGAAACUUUCGACUCAAAAAUUUCGGACGAGGCACUAAAAGUAAAUAACAAACAGAUUUCGAGAAAGCAAAAUAAAAAUUCCGAUUUUAUCAGAUCGGAAAUUCAGGAACACUCUCCAGUCGAUAGAAAUGAAAAUCAAAUUUUGACUCAUAGGACAAUUUCCCUGGAUCUUGAACCACCCAACGAAGAUCCACUGAUAAAUUUUGAUCCCAAUCCCCAGUUUAGAAGUACUCUACAGUCUGACUUUACUCCAACUGAAAUUGAAGACACAAUCGAAGAGAGCAACACUCCUUAUCAAGUCUCCCUGACAAUAGACGAAAAUCCAAACAAUGAAUCCGAAAUCAAUAACCCAGAAAACGAAUCACCAAUUCAACACAACAAUAAUAAUUUUCAUCAAAAAUUACUUGGAGAAAAUGAAAAAAUUGAAGAAAAUUUAGAAAUACACAACAGAACGGAAAAGAGUGCCGAACUUGAAAAUAGCGAACAAAUAAGAAUUCUUCAGUUAAUGUCUGAAUUGGCGAAAACAAAUCGACUACCGAGACCAUUUUCAACUCAAGUUCAAAAUGAAAAAGUUCCCGAUCCAACAAAUUCGACAAAUGUAUCCUCAUUUCUUCGCAAGGAACAAAUUUUGGAACAAUUAACCCGAAGUUUUGGUGAACCUCUUUACAAGAGUUUCAAAGAUGAAACUGAACCGUUAUUUGAAUUACCGUACGUGAACAGAUUCACUCAAUUUCGAACUUUAAAGGCGCUAAAUUUAGAGGAAUCUUCUCGGAAUUUGGAAAAAUUUACAAAUUUUGAAGGAAACGAAAAAGAAGAGAAUAGAGAGAAUAGAGCAAAAAAUUCGGGAGAGGAAGAAUUCGAAAGUAAAGUAGAAGAAGAAGAAGAAGGAGAAAAAGAAAAAAGUGUGGAAGAUGCAAUAAGAGAAGAAGAGAUAAGAAGAGAAGAAGAACUAGUAAGAAGACAAGAAGAAGAAAAAAGAAGAGAAGAAGAACUAAUAAGAAGACAAGAAGAAGAAAAAAGAAGAGCAGAAGAACUAAUAAGAAGAGAAGAAGAGGAGAUAAGAAGAGAAGAAGAGCUAAUAAGAAGAGAACAAGAACUAAUAAGAAGACAAGAAGAAGAAAAAAGAAGAGGACAAGUGAAAGAAUUAAGAGGAGAAGAAGAGAUAAGAAGAGAAGAGGAACUAAAAAGAAGACAAGUAGAGCUAAUAAGAAGACAAGAAGAGCUAAUAAGAAGGCAAGAAGAAGAAAAAAGAAGAGGACAAGUGAAAGAAAUAAGAGGCGAAGAAGAGAUAAGAAGAGAAGAAGAACUAAUAAGAAGACAAGAAGAGCUAUUAAGAAGACAAGAAGAGGAAAAAAGAAGAGGACAAGUGAAAGAAGUAAGAGGCGAAGAAGAGAUAAGAAGAGAAGAGGAACUAAUAAGAAGACAAGAAGAGCUAUUAAGAAGACAAGAAGAAGAAAAAAGAAGAGGACAAGUGAAAGAAUUAAGGGGAGAAGAGGAGAUAAGAAGAGAAGAAGAACUAAUAAGAAGACAAGAAGAAGAAAAAAGAAGAGGACAAGUGAAAGAAUUAAGAGGAGAAGAAGAGAUAAGAAGAGAAGAAGAAGAGAUUAGAAGACAAGAAGAAGAAAUAGUACGAGGAGGAACAAUAGGACGAGAAGAAGAAGAAAUAGAAGAACAAGAGGAAGAAGAAAUAACAAGAAGACAAAAGCAAACAAGAAAUCAACGAAAGGGAAAAGAAGAAAUAAAAAAUCAAGAAGAAGAAACAGAAGAAAUAGAAGAAGAAGAAGAAAAAGAAGGAAAGCCAGAUAUUAAAAAAGAACAUAAUAGUAGAAAAAUUGAGACAAAAGUGGUGGAAAUGGAAUUUCUUCCAUCGUUGGGAUUUUCCUUCGACACACACGAGGGAAGAGAGGAAUAUGCUCAUGCUGUUCUUCAGGGUUACGUAACCGAGGGAGCUGUAGUUAAAUCAAAUGAUAAAUUUUCAUCGAGAAAAAUGACUUUCGACAGUACUGAGAGUACCAAAAAUGUUUGAAAACAAAAUUAUUAUGUACGUGAUUUUGAGUGUGAUUUUUGAAAGGAAAGUCUGUAAUUUUUUUGUAGUUAUUAUUGAAAAUAAAGAUUUUUGUAUCUAAAAAUAAACUUUAACGAUAUUUAAUAA